AAUGCAAGCUGAUUUAAGAAUGUCUAUAUGGUGCAAAAGAAAGUAUUUCUCUUCCACAGAUUCUCUUCCAUUUUUACAAUGACCUUGAAGUGAGGAUAACUCCAGGCCAUGUACAUAGGCAACUUCGUAUUACAGUUUCUCUUGUUGAUGCUGAUGAAGGACAACUUAUGGGCACAUGAUUCUGAAGAUGAUAACUGCACCACCAUUACUAUUGAAAGAGGUACAAAAUACCAUAAAAAUCGUGGUGAUUCAGCCAUUCUAGAGUGCCCUGUGACCUACUGCAGAAAAAAGCCUGAAAUGAAUUGGUACAUGCUGAACAAGAGCGAAAAGAAGUUCCAUAUUUUGUAUAAUGGAAAAGGACAUUCCAUUUCAUGGAUGAAUAAAAAAACGUUUGUUUUGGAUUUUCAAUCCGUUGAUAAAAAUGAUAGUGGGCAGUAUCGUUGUAAAGCUAUUGCAGGAAAAAAAAAAUUUGAGAGUCACGUUAUAGAAUUAAUUGUUCAAGAUCCCAGUAACUCCUCAGUAUUUCUAAAUGCUAGAAAUACUACAGAAGAUCAGGAACUACCUGAAAAGAUGUUGAUUGUGAUUUAUUCCAUAUCAUCUCUUGGUACUCUGUUCCUCAUUUCUGGAUGCUUUGGAUGGCUGUGUUUCAAGAGGAGACCUCAAGUAAAAAAUGCAACAGGUUCAUCAAGCCCAGAAAGUGGAAUUAACAAGAACACCCAGCUCUGCAAUGAUGGCGCCACUCAUGUCUUAGGUGAGGGAUCCACAUUUAAUGAAGAUUCCAUGCCUUGCUUGCUUCAAGUUCCAAAUAGGAAUCAAGACAAUUACCAGACAGCUUCUAGAACCGGUCUAAGUUCUAUAUAUAAUGAAGGCCUACCUGGAGAUAAGGAGAACCCAAUUAUUUAUGCAACAUUAAGUCAUGGAGAACUUUUUCAGAAAAACAAAUCCUUUGAUGAAAUUGAACUUACAGAAUAUGCCAUCAUUAGACCGAAGAACUAAAAGUGGACAUCAUUCAUUGAUUAGUACUGUUUUAUGUUCUCCAUUAUAGUUCAGCAAGCUUAUCCACAAACACACUCAUACAGUCUGUUUCUGCUUGGAACAUUCUUCUGGAAAGAAAUAAUUAUUUAUUUCCCAGAUAAUACAUGGCUAAAUUGAAUCACAUUUUCUAUGCAACUGCACUCUAUAUCUCCAUGUAUAUAGCAAUUAAUUUGUCAAUUACGUUUUUAUAAAUGUCUUUGAAAUUACCAGAAACCUUGAUAUAAUCUAUAAUGGACAGACUGC